AUGGCGGGAAUUCACACCGCAAGUUCCAAUAUUGCCUUUGAAAGCAGCGAAGAAAUUACUGUGGCGCCAACCUUUGACUCUUUGGGGUUGAAGGACGAUUUGCUCCGCGGUAUUUAUGCGUAUAAUUUUGAAAAACCAUCAGCGAUCCAGCAGCGUGCCAUUCUUCCCAUCUUACGUGGACGUGACGUCAUUGCUCAAGCCCAAUCUGGCACUGGUAAAACGGCCACAUUCUCUAUUGCCAUGUUGCAGACCAUCGACAUUUCGCUUCGAGAAACACAAGCGCUUGUAUUGAGUCCUACGCGCGAGCUUGCAACUCAAAUUCAGAGUGUGGUGCUGGCACUGGGUGACUACAUGAAUGUGCAAUGUCACGCCUGUAUUGGGGGUACAUCUGUGGGCGAAGAUAUCCGGAAGUUGGAGUAUGGCCAGCAUAUUGUUUCGGGCACUCCUGGCCGUGUAUUUGAUAUGAUUCGUCGACGCCACCUACGCACGAAGAACAUCAAGAUGCUCAUUAUGGACGAAAGCGAUGAGCUUCUGAACAUGGGAUUCAAAGACCAAAUCUAUGACAUUUACCGGUAUUUGCCCCCAGCGACCCAGGUCGUUCUCGUUUCUGCCACACUACCCCAUGAUGUACUAGAGAUGACGUCCAAGUUCAUGACAGAUCCUGUGCGCAUCCUUGUCAAGCGAGACGAGCUGACACUGGAGGGAAUCAAGCAGUUCUUCGUGGCAGUGGAGAAAGAGGACUGGAAAUUCGAUACUCUAUGCGAUUUGUACGACACUCUCACUAUCACUCAAGCGGUGAUUUUCUGCAACACGAGGCGAAAGGUCGACUGGCUGACGGACCGCAUGCGCGAAAACAACUUUCAGGUCAGCAGCAUGCACGGCGAGAUGCAGCAAAAAGAGCGUGAUGCAAUUAUGGGCGAGUUUCGCCAGGGGGGUAGUCGUGUUUUAAUCACCACUGAUGUAUGGGCGCGAGGCAUUGACGUUCAAAACGUUUCUCUAGUCAUAAACUACGACUUGCCAACCAACCGUGAAAACUAUAUCCACCGCAUUGGUCGUUCAGGCCGAUUCGGCCGCAAAGGUGUGGCGAUUAACUUUGUUACUACGGAAGACGUCAAAAUUCUCCGAGACAUCGAGCAAUAUUACAGCACGCAAAUUGACGAAAUGCCAAUGAAAAUUGACGAUCUUAUGUGA